CCGGGAUUAGAUAUAAAGCUUUAUAAUCCUGCCGGUUUCGGUCACACCUUUAUUCAUCUAUUCUGCUCCAUAAUCUUCCCCCUCUACCCACGAUUGAAUUCUAACGACAGAAAUCAGAUUGCUCUUCGAUAUCAAUCGGACUGAAGCAUAUCAAUUCAUAAACAGCUACCGGACUGAAAAAGGCGCAAUGGGUCUUAUUCAUAUCCUCUUUUUCAAAUUUGGCGCUUCGGCUCCCUCGGAUAUUGUUGCCGAUAUUUGUCAGCGAUUAGUUUCUCUUCAAGAAAAAUGCGUGUCUCCAAAUACAGGAAAACCGUAUAUCAAGUCAUUCAAAGGUGGCAAAGAUAACAGUCCUGAAGGCAAACAGGGUGGCUUCACGCAUGCUUUUGUCUGCGAAUUCGAAAAUGAUGCUGACCGAUACUAUUAUCUGAAUAGAGAUCCAGCACAUUUGGCCUUCGUAGACAGCUUAUCUACAGCGCCACCAGGACUAAUCGAGGACCUCAAGGUCCUUGACUUUGCUCCGGGAAUCUUCUGAUCAAUCAAAUCGAGAAAGAAGAAAGCGGGCAAAAAUCAAACAGUAGUUGUAAUAGUAAAGAUGAAUAUCUUCAUAUUUGUAAUUAGGAAAUAGCAAUAAAUGUGCUCAUCUCGCAUCAUUC